AUGUGGUCGAAAGCCGUCCUCUCAUUGUUACUGCUUACCGUCACGUCGGUCCAGGCUAUCUGGCCGAUUCCGGAGUCCAUUAGCACGGGCAACUCUACGCUUUGGAUAGGAGACGUUCUGUUAGUUACUUACAAUGGAGAUAAAAUUCCUUGGAUCAAGAAUUACAUCCCGUUCGGCGGCCCCAAGUUCUCCAGCAAGGAGAUCGUCAAAGGAGGAGUCUCACGUAUGGUGAAGAAUAUCCUGGAUAAUAAUUAUAUCCCGUGGAAGUUGUACCCGCGACUAGCGCUCGAGCAGACGGAACCAAGUCUCUGGCAGCACAAGACUUACAUAACUUGGCUCGAGAUUGUUCAGACUGGAAAGGACACGGCAAAGACGUUUAAGCCCCUCGCGGGUGAUGUUGACGAGUCGUACAACCUAACUCUCAACGCCAACGGCAAGGCCAGGAUCACAGCCGUCUCCUCCACGGGUGUUCUUCGAGCUCUUGAGAGUUUCUCGCAGCUGUUUUUUAAGCACUCCAAGGGUCCUAUUUACACCAAGCUAGCUCCGGUCAAGAUUACCGACGCGCCUCAAUAUGACCACCGAGGUAUCCUUCUUGACGUUUCUAGAAACUACCUUCCCCUCGACGCCAUCUACCGAACCAUCGAUGCCUUAUCGUGGAGCAAGUUGAACCGACUUCAUAUCCACGCUACGGACUCGCAGUCCUGGCCGCUGGAGAUCCCCUCGCUUCCAGAACUCCACCAGAAAGGCGCAUAUGCUCAGGGAAAGACAUACUCGCCUGUCGACGUGGCAGCCAUCCAGACGUACGCGAUCCAGCGCGGUGUACAAGCUAUUUUUGAGAUCGACUCCCCUGGACACUUCGGCGUCGCGGCUCUGUCGCAUCCGGACUUGAUUACGGGUUGGGGCGCAUCUCCGUGGACAACUUACUGCGCCGAGCCUCCUUGCGGUCAGCUCAAGCUCAACGAGCCUCAGGUAGACCCCUUCCUCGACACGUUGAUGGACGAUCUCCUGCCAAGGCUCGCCCCGUACUCAGCUUACUUCCAUACGGGUGGUGACGAGGUCAACUUCAACGAGUACAACCUCGACCCUACGGUUGGUACGAACGAUUCAUCGGUAAUCGUGCCACUCCUACAAAAGUUCAUCGACAAGCACCACGCGCGAGUGCGCAAGGCCGGCUUGGUACCUAUGGUCUGGGAAGAGAUCCCUGCGAGCUACAACGUUACUAUUGGAGACGACGUUGUGGUGCAAUCCUGGCUUGGAGACGCGGCUAUUAAGAGCCUCACAGCUAAUGGCCACAAGGUCAUUACUAGUAACUACAACUUUUGGUACCUCGACUGCGGCCGCGGCCAAUGGCUUAACUUUGCCGAGGGCGAGUCCUUCGAGGAGAACUAUCCAUUCAACGACUGGUGUGGGCCAACCAAGAACUGGCGUCUGAUCUACUCGUAUGACCCGCGCGCGGGCCUAACCGACGAAGAGGCUGAACUAGUCAUCGGCGGUGAAGUCGGUGCAUGGGCGGAAGCUAUUGACGAAGUUAAUCUUGACAGUAUCCUAUGGCCGCGCGCUAGUGCCGCAGGCGAAGUGCUCUGGUCGGGCCGCCUUGACGCCGCGGGAGAGAACCGAACGCAGCUCGACGCAGCGCCGCGUCUAGCUGAGUUCCGCGAGCGUAUGUUGGCGCGUGGGGUUAGGGCCGAGCCAAUUCAAAUGGUGUACUGCACGCAGGGUAUGGAUCCUAAUACGUGCCUCUUCCAAUAA